AGAAUGAAAUGGUAUAUGGGAAUUGGGGGAAUAAUGAUAUGUGUGUUGUAUGUUGCUACAGGUUUCCCUGGCUGGCGUCGAGUCUCCAUCUCCACAGCGAGAAGGCAGGUGACACAAAAAGAGGACGCCUGCCUGAAGCAGGGAGGGGAUAUGAUGUGUGGCCUGAUGGGACGUCUGCCGGGUGAGAGGUGGUGCCCGGGAUGGGACGAGGUCCGAGCGUAUACGGGACAGUGGCAGCCCGGACUCCCGCGGGGACCAAAUGCCACUAUGUGGAGCUUGUUUAAGUUCCAACGAGAUUUCAGCUCCUCCCAGAAUCCACUUACCUUGUCUGUCGGAGGUUGGGACACCUCUCUAUACAGAGGUGCGGACAAAACAUAUUUGGUUCUCGGAGUGGAGCAUGCAGGAACAGACACCAAAGCGUUUAUUAAGAUUAACAUUAGGGUGCCGACCACUAGCUCUCCAGUUGUGGCAGUCACGGGGACUGUGGACACCUCAGCAGGUAAGGUGCAACCUGGGGAAGUGGUAGGGGUUGACUAUACCAAAUUGAAACCGUUAGAGGUGAUCGAGAAAGCCACGGGGUAUCACGAGAGUAAUAUCUGGCUUGAUUGGAUGUUGCAAAAUGCCAAAGAACAAGAUUUAGGGGACUGUGUGGCAUGUGCCGCCGCCCGACCUCAACUAUACACUGAGCCGGCUCCUUUGUAUUCAGAGGACCCUUGGGGAUAUCAGUGCAUGUUAGCUCUUACACAUAGCGCUUCCCCUGUGAACUGCAUCACCCUGGCAAGGGUGUUUCCUCCGAUAGCUAACGACACCAGGACGGGGCCGUUCACUCCCCAUAAAGGGGGAGGGGGAUAUACCUGUUUCCGCUUCACCAGUCAGAAACCCGUGGUGAACGUUGGAGAGAUCCCCUUGCAGUGGUGUAAUGUUACGAUCCAGAGCAGCAGUUCAUAAGAAGGUCAAGCAACAGAUGCUGGGGACAGCAAAGCCACAUACUGGCCGAGGGCAAAAACUAUUGUCCACUGACCGAGAUGACGUCAACUCAUUUGAAUGUCACACAACAACCGUAGGAUGAUGAAUAUUCAUCUGAUUACCCUUUUUCAUAGCCUUUGGUAAAUGCCCCUCUCAACUUUGAGAGCCUCACUGUAUCCCCAACACGGAACUU